UGCAAGCUCAAACCCCUGCUCAAGACCUGGCUCAGGGACACCGAGACGAUGUCGGUGGACUCGACCCUCCCCAGCCCCACGGCCCUGAACUCCCCCAGCCUGGGGGGCUUCGAGGGGCUCCCGGGGCGGCGCCGCAAGAAACGAACCAGCAUCGAGACCAACGUGCGCUUCGCCCUCGAGAAGAGCUUCCUGGCGGUGAGAAAACAUCCUAAAACACCCCGAAAUACCCCAAAAACACCCUGA